CCAUUGCUGAAAAAUUCAGAAACGCGUUUCCUUUUUCUCGUAGUGCGAGAGAGGCAGACAUGUAAUCUCAAUCUCACCCCUUUUAUAUUUCUUCCUUUUUGUUUCUCUCUUUCUCACAUAAUUCUUCGUUUCUCAGAAUCUCACGAACCCUAAAAACUUCUCAUCCUUCAUCACAUUGAGAUCAAAAUUCCAAAAAAAAAUGUGUCCGAUGAGGUUCUUAUUGGUGUUCUUCUCAGCUGUACUCGCCGGAUAUUUCGCAUGGAAGACGGUGAGUUCUUCGCCGGAAUUCGAUUCACCGGACGAAUUGAAUGAGAAACAAGAACUCAAUCUCAAAAAGAAGAUGGAGAAUGGGUUUUGGGUGUUCGUCGAUAUGGCUAGCGGAAGAUACCUUUGGAGGAAUCUUAAGGAAAUGAGAGAGAAAACUCAAUGAAGAUGAUGCUUGUUGAAUACAUAAAGAUUUCAUCU